AUACCCAAAGAAGAAAAGAAAUAUCAUAACGUGGCGACGAAAAUGCUUCUUAUCUGCAUGAUGGUGGUCGUCGCUCUCGCCUCGACGUCGGCGAUACAGCUCAACGAACUCAGCGAUGACGACCUCAAUGCCGUGUUGGACUUCGUCGCUAAGAGGAACUACCAAGAGACGGUCGUCGGUAACGAUUCCGGCGAUGAGGCGGACUUCGAUGACCUGAUGGACAAGCGUGGUCGAGGACGAUUCAGGAACAAAUUGGAAAAGUGCGUGAAUCCGUCUAAUGGUCUGCUGUGUAUGUGCGACAACAAGUACACGGAUGCCGAACCCAAAAAGCGUUACAAAGUCUGUGCCUAUUAUUAGUCAUCCCGCAGUCAAGUCAAUCAACGAGAAGAAAAAAGCAUCAAUGCGUUAUGAUGGAAUCUAACUCCUGUUGUGCCAGUCGCACAUACA